CAAGCGCGGUCCUCACUUUCCUGGCUCUCUGUCUCCACUGCCCCUCCCCCAAGCCGGAGGGGUCUUGAGGUGACAGCGCUUGCAACUGCGAYUCCAGUAGGAAGAGAAGAUGGACAAGAGGAAGCUCGGGCGACGGCGAUCUUCAUCUGAGAUUGUCACAGAAGGAAAAAGAAAAAAGUCUACAUCUUCUGAUUUACAUGAGAUAAGAAAGAUGUUAAAUGUAAAACCAGAGGAUGUUCAUGUUCAGUCACCACUGUCCAAAGUCAGAAGCUCAGUACGCUGGGAUCUCCCUUUGCAGGGGUGGAAAAGAAGCCUAAGAAAUAAAGUCAUCUCUCUAGACCAUAAAAAUAAAAAAAGURUUCAUGGGCAUCCUGUCACUUCUAAGUCAUCAUCGGAAAG